AUGCUUUGCGACUCGCGUUCGUUGCGGACCGGACCGGCGCCGGGCGCGCGGCGGACCGCAGUGUUACAGCGGCAGUCGCAAGUGAAACAACAUGGCAACGACGAAGACGUCGAUGGAGGUGGCAGCGACGGCGGUGACAGCGACGGCGUCGACAUCGACGACGCCGACGGCGAUGCCAGCGACGGCGUCGACAUCGACGAUGCUGACGGCGAUGCCAGCGACGGCGUCGACAUUGACGAUGCCGACGGUGAUGCCAGCGACGACAUCGACGACGUUGACGGCGGUGGCAGCGACGGCGCCGGCGGUGGCAGCGACGGCGCCGACGGCGAAGAUAUCGACAACAUCGCCGGCGAUGCCAGCGACGACGUCGACGGCGUUGGCAGCGACGGCGCCGACGGCGAAGACAUCGACAACAUCGCCGGUGGUGGUAGCGACGACGCCACCGGCGGUGGCAGCGACGGCGUCGACAUCGACGACGCCGACGGCGAUGGCAGCGACGGCGGAGACAUCGACGAUGGCAGGGACGGCUGCGCCCGGCUUAUUCACGUUAAAUCACGGAACACGACCGAAAAAUUGUGGGCAUUGCCUCGAGAAUAUGGGCAUUGGCUAAGUAGUUCAUACACACUUUGUCAGGGGGCGUUUUGUAGCAGAGGAUCACCGGGAUCACCCAAAUGCGGGCCGUGA